GUCGCCGGAGAAGCAAAGAUCAAACUACAAGCAGAUGUAAUUUGUAAGCUGGAAAGUUAGCGGCAUAUGGAGGCUCUUCCUAAUAAGAGUGUUUACUUUAGCCUUCUAGAGAUCAAGAGGCCUAAUACUUCUCGACUCGUGAAGUUAGGAUGCCAACCUCUUCGACGCAAUGCGCGAGUAUCGUUGAGAACUUCUACUUGUGUUUGCGAAGACCCUUCUCAUUCUUCCACAAUCAUCAAGAAGUACGAUCGGCAUCCUCAAAAUGUUGAUCUCCCGCCGAUACUGCCGAAGAACAAAAAGAAGCCUUACGCCGUCCCGCUAAAGAAGAUGCAACGAGUGGCUCGGCAAGAUAAAAAGCUGGCGCAAAUGGGAAUGGAGAAGCCUCUCGAUCCCCCGAAGAACGGGUUAUUGGUUCCCGAGCUUAUUCCCGUGGCCUACGAGGUAUUGGAACAUUGGAAAGUGCUUAUAAGAGGCCUCUCGCAGCUUCUACAUGUCGUUACGGUUUACGGUUGCAGCAAAUGCCCUGAAAUCCAUGUCGGCCCCGUCGGCCACAACAUCCAGGAUUGCAGCGGGACGGGAAGCGAGCGGCGCCGGAGCCACCACUCUUGGGUCAAAGGCUCUAUCAACGACGUCCUCGUCCCGAUCGAAUCGUACCACCUCUUCGAUCCGUUCGGCCGGCGGAUCAAGCACGAGACGCGGUUCGACUACGACCGCAUCCCCGCGGUCGUGGAGCUGUGCAUCCAAGCCGGCAUCGACAUACCGGAGUACCCCUCGCGGCGACGAACCACCCCCGUCCGCAUGCUCGGGAAGAAGGUGAUCGACCACGGGGGGUUCGUAGAGGAGCCCAAGCCCUACCGUGCGGAAGACUGUAUAUCCUUGCUCGCGGAGCUCGACACGUACGAAACACUGAAAGCUCAGUCGCCGGUGCCGUCGGAUACCAGACGGUUGGCGGAAAGAACGCUGAAGGCUUACAGCAGUGUGAGAAGCGGCGUAAGACGGCUGAUGAGGAAGUACACGGUGAAGGCCUGCGGAUACUGCUCGGAGGUCCACGUCGGGCCGUGGGGCCACAACGCGAAGCUCUGUGGGGCGUUCAAGCACCAGUGGAGGGACGGCAAGCACGGGUGGCAGGACGCGACGAUCGACGAGGUGAUCCCCCCGAACUACGUGUGGCACCUCCGGGACCCCGACGGCCCCCCGCUCACGUCGGCCCUGAAGAGGUUCUACGGCAAGGCUCCGGCGGUCGUGGAGCUGUGCGUGCAGGCCGGGGCAGAAAUACCCGACAGCUACCGGCCUAUGAUGCGGCUGGAUAUCGUCGUGCCCGACACCGACGAAGCUCGCUUUGUCGCGUGACGCGAACAAGAACUGUAAUUCGGUGUGAUUCGGUGUAUUGAUUUUGGUGAUGAACUUGUCUCACAGAUCAUUUUAUCUUUCAAUCAACCUGUAUAAUGUAAGUUUACUGUUGUAGAUCCUACUUUUCUUCUAGCUAAUAAAUAUUCGAGUUUAUCUCUCUAAAA